CGUUGCGUGCCUUGCGUGAGGCUCAUUCGGCAGAGAUUGAUCCUUCUGACCACGGUGUGUGUUCAGCACACAGCAACUUCAACGUUUUCUGUCGCUUCUCGCGUGGUGACGAUGUUCGAGCUCUUCUCAGAGUGGGAGGACGCCGAUGCGCUGAUCAGGUGGGUCGAGUCAGAAUCCUGUGCAGCGGGAGGCGAUUAUCGUGUAUGUUGGCUUGGUUUGGGGUGUGUGUUGGCCGGCCCAUCAGGGAGUUCCGUUCGUCGUUCGACAGUCUUCAGGAGAGGCUUCUCGAUGCCAAGACCACCAUCGAGAAGACCCUGGCUGAUGACAUCCAGGGGAUGUUAGCGGCCAAGGGCGCCGUUUGCCGCCCGGCUGAAGCCACGGGCGAGAUCCUCGUGAAUGCCGGUGAGCAACCAACGAACGAAUGGACGGACGAACGGAUGCUGAGUGAUUCACUGACUGCAUUGGCCUGUUGUUUGUCUGCUGUGUGUGUAGGGGGCGUCGUGUAUCCCGUGAGUCGCUGCGCCCUCCAGCUGCCCCUCAUGAAGCGAAGGUAUAUCUCGGUGUUGCUGCUCUACUGCACCGAGGGCAUGCCCAGAGACCCCGACGGCCGCGUGUACCUCGAGGUGUCACCGGCCUGGUUUGAGACUUUUCUUGACGAGCUGACUCUCUUCAACACGGGCCGCACUGACAGAGUGGCGCUGCCCCACUCCAAGGAGAAAGAUCCCGCAUACGCCGAGUACCACGACCUUUUCAUGCGAGAGGUCGGCCGCGUCCCCUCAGCUCACCCCGAGCACGGCCGUGCAGCCGCAGCUGCUGCAGCAAGCGCCGAGCCUCGCGGCAAGUCACGCAGCGACGGUGCUAUCCUGGACGGCAUUCACGACUCUGUCGACGACCUCGCCAAUGCCAUGAAGAGGGUCAUGAAGCGAAAGGAGGAGCUGAGCACCUUCCUGGCGGCGAUGGAUCCCUUCCUGAAGGACAAUACCGAGGAUGGCAGUGUGCUGCUGACGCUGGAGGUUCUCGGACGCACAUGCACGAUCCUCAAGAGAACUCUGCGUCGUCUCGGGGCGAACCACACUCUGCUGAUGCGAUUCUCCGAGUAGGCGCGCACAUGAGGCAGGGGGGAACGGAGAUCACACAGACAGAUAACUGCGAGGCUCUCUUGUGUUGUCUUUUGUGGUGUGUUUGCAGUACUCCUCCCUGCUGGGGUGAUCGGCGUGUCCGCGCGACGCCUGGGCGUCACUUCAUCCACGUGGUUGAGUUCGCAAGGCGCAUCGCUGUCCUGCCCAAGGGUCAGUACAUCCGCCCCCCGAUGAUGGACCAGGCAGAGCUGGAGCUGUUUAGGGAGGAUCUGGCCAUGGUGAUGCACUGGGAGGGACAGGAGGGAGAGACACAGACAAUAUCGCCCUUCCUCUUCCUAUCCAUGGGUGCAGUACAAUCUUUCCUACUCUCCCGUCCUCGACCUGCCCGCCGGUGAUACGACCAUUAUCAAGUCGGCGGAGGAGUGGGGAAAGGUGCUCGAGAUGAUCGGCAAGCCGCGAUGCAGACCGACCCUGCUGUACAAGUCGUCGCGUCAUGGUGUCAAGUUCUCGACGAUGUUUGGGAGGGUGACUUGGUACAGCGGCGUGUUGUUCCUCUUCCAACACAAGGAGACCCAUCGAUUCGGCUGCUUCGUCGACGGCUGUUUGAAUUUUUUAACUUGGUCUUCAUGUGACCACGAGGACCAGCGCUCAUCGCUCAGGCAGUUUUUCAUCUCACUGAGCGGCACCUACCCUGCCGCCACCAAGGUGCCGCUGCGCCGAGACAGACAUGGGAUGUGUGUCAACGUCAAGGGGUAUACCAAGACCGCCGGACGUGAGUGCAGCAUGGUGCUCGCAGGCGGCUACCUCUUGGUCGCUGUCGACCCUGUCUGGUCCUCUAAAGAUGGCGUUUUGCGCUGCUACAACUGCUUUGACGACGGUGUGUUGCCCUUGGGCCAGCUCGGCGACAACACCGACACUCUGGCGGGGGAGAAGGACUUCACAGCCGAUGAGGUGGAGGCAUGGUGGAUGGAGCCGAUCGGCAUCGAUUGGCAGGCCCAGGGGGCAAGAUACAACCGGCGGGCUGCUGGGAGACGCAACUUCUCCCUUGGCCGCCUCUGUGGUGGCGCCUGGGCAGAUGAGUAGAAUGGGCAGACACGCAGACGGGAACACACAUGUGGAUGGAGAGGGGCAUGACGGGAGCGCCGAAAGGCGUGUGCUUUGUUUAUGUUGUUUAUCAAGUGACUGUGUCGUGUAUGUGUGUCUCUGAUGAGUGUUUCGUUCGUUUUUACGUCACCUUUUGUCGUCACUCCCUCCUGUAGUAGUAGCGACGGUGCUUUACUGUACUGGUAGUGUGUGUGAUAUGUCCUGUUGUGACGUGUCUGAUUUGUUUGCGCCAUUGUGCCAGUGUGUUACAGGGGAACUGUCGGUGGAAAGUCAUGCAGAUGAGUACUAGUGAUGCGUAGAUUCACUCACUCACUAAUUCAUGACCGUGUGGACUGAUUUGUGUGUCUAUGGACCAUGUGUG